UCUUUUAUACAUACUUUGGGAAAUGAAUUAUGAUAUAUGUUAAAAGGAAGUAUCUUGUACGUAUUUUGUCCAUAUGUGGUUUUAUCUGGCCACAAAUACUGAUGUAAAAUUGUGGCCCCGUCCAUCAUUUUAAUUGCCCAUCCUUGGAUUAGAUAGUAGGCAAUGACACAAAUUACAGGCAACAAACGAUUUUCAUUGAGCCAUCGCAUAUUAUUAUUUCAUGGCCAGAAUUAGCCACAUUACUACGGAAGCCGACGCGCAGCAGUAAUGUCUCAACAGUCCACGAAUGGAUAGAACGAUAGCGACAGCGACGAUUCACUAGCGCCCCUCUCAUUCGCUGACAUAGUAAAGCGUUAAACUCAUGCUCCACUUUUCGGAAAUCCGUGUGCACUCAUGAUGCACUACUCCAACUGGCUAAUUGGCGUUAAAAACAGGGCAAACCUUCGGAAUGCGUGCAAGACGGCGGCGAACAGCGACUGGAGCAACCGGAGCCAGGAGCCCGGUGACAAGGCAGGGGAGCUAGCGGUCAGCGCCCACCUCUGGAAAAAAGGCUACAAAAUAAUCAAGAAGAUUGGUGAGGGCUCAUUCUCCGUGGUGGUCAAAACUCAGAGUCUGAAAGAUGGAAAGAUGUACGCGUGCAAGACUAUGAAGCAGACCAUUAACAGUGUGGAACAGGCCAACAACCUGCGGGAGGUUCAAGCCAUGAGGAGGCUUAGCCCACAUGCAAAUAUUAUCCACCUGCACGAACUGAUUUUUGACAAGGAAACAGGCACCGUGUCUUUGAUCUGCGAGCUGAUGGAGAUGAACAUAUAUGAGUUUAUUAAAGAGAGACAGACGCCGCCGUCUGAUCACACAGUCAAACACUACAUGUACCAGCUGUGCAAGUCACUGGACCACAUGCACAGCUGCGGGAUCUUCCACAGAGACGUGAAGCCGGAAAACAUUCUUAUCAGACAAAACGUUCUCAAGCUGGGUGACUUCGGCUCGUGCAGGAGCGUGCACUCCCAGCCGCCGCACACAGAAUACAUCUCCACCCGCUGGUACCGUGCCCCUGAGUGCCUCCUGACUGACGGCUACUACAGCUUGAAGAUGGACAUCUGGAGUGCCGGAUGCGUCUUCUUUGAGAUUAUGAGCUUGAAUCCUCUCUUCCCCGGUGCCAACGAGCUGGACCAGAUUGCCAAAAUCCACGACGUGCUGGGCACACCCGAGCAAUGCGUCCUGCGCAAAUUCAAGCAGUCUCGAGCGAUGCACUUCAACUUCCCCGCAAAGAAGGGUAGCGGGAUCUCGCGCCUGCUGCCCAACUGCGCCGCUCCUGCUGUGUCUCUGCUCUACCAGAUGCUGGCUUACGACGCGGAUGAACGCAUCACGGCCGCCAGCGCCUUGAGGCACACCUACUUUCGGGAGAUACGGUUGGCAGAGAAAAAAUGUGAGCGCAAUCCUGGAGCGGGUGGGCCGUUUGAAGGCGUGGAAAAAAAAGCACCGCACAUCACCUCAGACCUCCUGUGGCGACCAUCCCGACUUUGCAAACAAAUGAGAGGGAGGCACAACAGACCCACCCCUUUAAUUCCUCACAACACGAAGCACAUCGCCGAGCCCCUCAGUCGACGUAACGCCAGCCAUUACGAGCUACCCAAACUCAAACUGGCUGCCCCAGGGCCACAGCGCUCCUUCCCAGGGUCCACGCCGCCCGUCUUCGCAUUCACACACCGGGGCACCCUGCCGGCCAUCUCCGCGAAGAAGUGCCAGUCACGCUUGGCCAAGGCCAAUAAUGAGUCACAGUCGGGGAGCUUGAAGACCUGCUUGAUGCCACCCCUGGACAGGAAACAUGGAGGAGGCUACUGACACACACAACCAACCAAAUGGAAUAAAGCUACUAAACCAGUGCCACCCCCCAAGGGCUAUCCAUUAUGUACGAUGAUGUGCCCCAACAGAAAUUUAAGUUGUACAAAGAAAAAUGGGGCAAUAAACCCAUUACUGUGAUUUAGUACACACACAGUUCAUAUUAUUUAGCACAAUUAGAUUUAGAAUGUACAGUAGCUUGCCAGGCACCUUGAUAACCUUUCAUUGGAAUCAUGACUCUGCAAUUUACUGUUGUAAAUGUGAUGUAAAACCCAAUUAAAAAUGUCAUAUUGUUUAAAAAGUUGUUUGUGAACUAUUAAAGACACUAAGCCUCGUGUGAAU